UCAUAUUCACAUUUCGUUCUUCUUCUAUUGGUUUACUCUAUUGCUUGCCCGUUCAUGGUUUUUUGAAACGGUGUUAUUUCAGGAAGGAAUAUCAGAACAUGGCAGCAAGUAGCUCCUACACGAUAGUGGAGUAUUUUGGGGGCGAUGACGGCUACCGCUGCGGUUAUUGUAAAAAUGAGAAGGGGAACUUCUCUCACGGUAUGUGGUCCCACGCCAUGACAGUCCAAGACUACCAGGAUCUCAUAGAUAGAGGAUGGAGACGAAGCGGGAAGUAUGUGUACAAGCCCAUCAUGAACAAGACAUGCUGUCCACAGUACACCAUCAGGUGUCAUGCCUUGAAUUUUCAACCAUCCAAAACCCACAAGAAGGUGUUGAAGAAGAUGAGCAAGUUUCUGUCCAAAGGGGAAAUGCCGACAGGACUGUGCGAUGCUGCCGUUGGAUUAUUUGAUGGACCGGCGGCCCAGUUCGUCCGCCUGAAAAUCGACUCGCUCACGUCCCACUUUACUGAAUUGGCAAAUUCAAUUUUAACAACGGCAGGGGAGCCAAUGGAGUCACUGUGUGAGGAAGGAGCACUGCGGGGCCCCGCUAAAAUCUGUCCUUCCCAGGUGGAGGGUCUUGAGGUCACAGCCACAUCAAUCGAGGUGGCAGGGGACGCCAACCCGGCCCAGUUGGAAACUGACAGAAAAGUGUCCCCAGACAGGAGAGGACCGGUGACAUCCCCGAAACCAGGGGUGGGCCCAGACCCCGGCAGGCCAGUGUGUCGGAAGGCGAAGGACCUACGGAGGGAGCGCCGUCUGCAGAAGGAUCAGAAAAGACAGCAGGAGAGCGGCAGUGUCCCGACCUGUAACCCCGCCGCCACGCCCGUCCCUCCGAGCCAACCCAAAGCCCUGGAGGAGUUCAUCGAUGAAUCCCUGCCCGGUAGUCCCCUGCAUCGCCUCGAGGUGAGGCUAGUGCGCUCCAACCCCCCCAGUUCACAGUUCAAAGCCUCUUUCGACGCCUCCUACCAGGUUUACAAACUCUACCAGAUGGCCAUUCACCACGACCCACCAGACAAGCCAACUGAGAGCCAGGUGAGGCUAGUGCCCGUCAAUGAUGACGACCCUCAGUUCGCAGCCACCUAUGAGCAGUCGGCGGCGCUGUAUGCGUGCUACCAGAUGGCCAUUCAUGGCGACGCCCCCUCCGAGUGUAACGAGAGCGAGUUCCGGAGGUUCUUGUGUGACUCGCCACUCGAGGCGGAGACGUCUCCGGACGGUCCAGAGACGGGAUACGGGUCCUUCCAUCAACAGUACUGGCUGGACGGUCACAUUGUGGCCGUGGGGGUGGUGGACAUCCUGCCCACCUGCGUGUCCUCUGUCUAUCUGUACUACCAUCCUGACUUUGCCUCUCUGUCGCUGGGCUCCUACUCUGCUCUCAGGGAGAUUGCCUUCACCAGGCAGCUGCAGAAACAGUCCCCUAAACUGUGCUACUACUACCUGGGCUUCUACAUCCACUCCUGCCCCAAGAUGAGAUACAAGGGCCAGUACCAGCCUUGUGACCUCUUGUGCCCUGAGACCUAUGUCUUUGUGCCAAUAGAGCACUGCAUUCCCAGCUUGGAGCAGAGCCGCUACGCCCGCUUCAACCCCGACCCAGACGCAGGUGAUAAAAAAGUGCUAAAGGAUCUGGGCCGUCUACUGGUGCUGUACAGGCGGGCUGUCAUGCCGUACGCCGCCUUUGCCCGCAAACGCAAGGGCUCCAACGAUGAGGCGGAGGUAGAGCAGUACGCCAGACUGGUCGGUCAGGUCUGCGCAGAGAGGAUCCUUCUCUACCGGGCAUAACCCACAACCGACACGACCCAGCCAGAUACAUCGCCCAAGAAUGUGUCCAACUCAGCCUGCCUGUCUGUCCAGGUUCAUAUUCAAUAGGCACCAAAAGAAAUGUGGUGAAACCUCUAGGAGUUACCUGAACUUGCCCAAUCUGGAGCUCGUAUUUAUUUUUGGUUCCAAAACAUUUUUAUGACUGUGUGCCCUAUUGAAUACGACCUGCUUCUCUCUGUCCCACUGUCUUUGUAAGUGCUUUUCUUUGCUUCUGUCUAUUUUAGCCUCACCUAAGCUCCACUAAACAUAGACGAAACCAGUGCACUCAAGAAUGUACAUAAUCUAGCACUCACCUGCCCGCCUGUUAGAUGUGAUCGUGUCUGAAUCGCGGUUCAUAGAUUCUGGUCUCAUCCAAUACCGGCAAGAUUGGAGUUGAAUAUUUUCUAUAUUUAGGUGUGAAAUAUCAACCCUGUUGAUUAAGUGUCUUGUUAUGAGUUAGCCAUCACCUUAUUUUACUGCAGGGCUUUCAUCAUUUCAGCACCGGACAUGGUUGUCCAUAGUACUGAUUUGGGGUCAGAUGGGGAGUACAUGAGAAGCCAGUCUUCACUGACAAUAUAAGCCGACCUUGCAUUGAUCUAAAAUCAGUGCAGUUGUGAAGAAUCGGAAAGUUGCAGCUUCACGCUGGUGAGGUUUGAACUGUGCAUGCCACACCUGCAAUCCCUCACUGAAAUGAAAUAUUAUCAAGUGGUAUUCCUGUGACGCUAAUAUAUGUGUGUGUUCUGUAUGCUUGUUCAUUUGUCACUGAUAUUUAUAGCUUUAUUAGCCCUUUUAUUAUUGAUACUGUUAUUUUGUUUCAAUAAAGGGAUUAAAUAUCCA